UGUCAAGAAAAAAAAUAAAGUAUUGAAAGAAGAUAAGCAACAUGCACAAAUACGUAUACACUUCCGGCUGAAAUGGUACUAAUCGUUCGGCCAUCUGCCGAUGCAGCGUCUAAAGCCACGUCAUAUUUAGAUGCAUUAAGAGAUUGGUGCACUGUGCGUUUUUAUUCUCUGUGUGAAAGAAUUAGUGAUUAGUAAACGAAGAUAUGAACAUUUUUCGCCUUUUAGGUGACAUUUCGCACCUUUUAGCUAUUAUUAUAUUGCUAUUAAAAAUAUGGAAAACGCGAAGUUGUGCCGGUAUAAGCGGAAAAACGCAAAUAUUAUUUGCAAUAGUUUAUACGACACGAUAUCUAGAUCUGAUAAACACAUACAUCUCUAUCUACAACACUUUCAUGAAGAUUAUUUUUCUCUCGGCAUCAUUUGCUACGGUUUAUCUAAUGUAUAUCAAAUUCAAGGCUACUUAUGAUCAUAAUCAUGACACUUUCAGAAUUGAAUUUUUGAUUAUACCUACCUUUGUACUUGCUUUAUUGAUAAACCAUGAACUAUCAGUUGUAGAAGUUUUAUGGACCUUUAGCAUUUAUUUGGAAUCCGUAGCAAUAUUGCCACAAUUAUUUCUUGUUUCCAAAACAAGUGAAGCAGAGAGUAUUACCAGUCAUUACCUCUUUGCAUUGGGAUCAUAUAGAGGCUUAUAUUUAUUCAAUUGGGUUUAUCGUUAUUAUGCAGAAGAUCAUUAUGAUUUGAUCGCAAUUGUCGCUGGCUUGAUUCAAACAGUUCUUUAUUGUGAUUUCUUCUACCUCUAUAUUACCAAAGUACUGAAAGGCAAAAAGUUACAAUUACCUGCUUAACUGUAUUUUCAUAUACUUCUUAGAAAGUGUGUUAGGAUGAUGAUUUGAUUUUCAAAUGAUGUUACCCAGCUAAUGUUACUGACGUAACUUAAUCCUAACAUACUUCCUUAAAAGUACAUAAAACUAACUGUCAGUCAAAACAUAAUCGUCAUUUGAAUUGUAAUUAAAAGUUGGUUAUAUUUGACAGAACAGAAGUAUGCACACGCACACGAGUAUGUCUCUCCAAAUUUUCUGAAACUCUGAGUUAUGCAUUAUUCAUUAUUCAUAUUAUCACGCAUGAUCUAUGAUUAUUCUUUGUAGUAUUCAUGUUUUCUACAUUGUUAUUAAAUUUUAUAAGACAUGAGAUAUCUUGCAUAAAAAUAUAUUCUCAAGCAUAAAAUCUGCAUGAGACAAUUUUUUAUUAAAAAGAAGUGAUACUUCUGUGACAAUGUUUAGCUCCAUAUAAAGAUGAACAAGAAAUGAAGUUGAAUAUUGGAUAAGCCAGUCAGAAAACUAGAAUUGUAAUAUUGAAAUUGUUUAAUUUUUGUUAAUUAAAUAUGAUUAUUAUUAUUAUUAUAUUAUAUUAUAAAGUAAUUUACUUUAAUAAUUUAAAUAAAUUAUAAGUAAAACACAGUUAUUUUUUAACUUGCAGCAGAGAAAUGUUGUGAACUGUGAAUAACAAAUAAUAUCUUACAUUGUAAAAUUAAAAAGUUUGGUAACGCGUGAAAUUUAAAUGAGCAGAUAU